GGCGGAUGAGCGGGCCGAGGCACGGGGCGGAAAGAUCUGCCCGCGGGAGAGCAGGGGUCCCUGGCGGCAGCCGAUCUCCCCACUUCCCUCCCACACACACGUCCCCUGUUUUUUAAUUACCCCACACAUACAUACCUGUUUCUGUGGUUUUUAGUUCCUCCUUGAAUUGUUGUGGUUCCUCUCGCCUGAUCUUUUACAACCCCCCUUUUUCACUAACGUCCCGUUAAAAUACCUUUUUAAAAGUAAUUGAUAGAGUAAGGACUUUGCAGACAGCCUAGGGUUUCUAUGUUGAUUCUCCUGUGAUAGUUGGGUUACUUUGGGCGUGCCACAACUUAACCAAGCCUCGGAUUCCUUAUCGAUGGCUCAGCGACUUCUCCUGAGGAGGUUUGUGGCCUCCGUCAUCUCCAGGAAGCCCCCUCAAGGUCGGUGGGCACCGCUCACCUCCAGGGCUCUGCAGCCCCUGCAAGGCAAUUCCGGUGAUGGGACAGUGACAGCCAGCCAAGCCCGGCCAUUGUAUACCACCAGAGUCUGUACAACGACCUUUAACAUCCAGGAUGGCACUGACUUUCAAGACCGAGUUGUCAACAGUGAGACACCAGUGGUUGUGGAUUUUCAUGCGCAGUGGUGUGGCCCCUGCAAGAUCCUGGGGCCACGGUUAGAGAAGGUGGUGGCCAAGCAGCAUGGAAAGGUGGUGAUGGCCAAGGUGGACAUUGACGACCACACAGACCUCGCCAUAGAGUAUGAGGUGUCAGCUGUGCCCACCGUGCUGGCCAUGAAGAAUGGGGACGUGGUGGACAAGUUCGUGGGCAUCAAGGAUGAGGACCAGCUGGAGGCCUUCCUGAAGAAGCUGAUAGGCUGACCAGCAGGGAAGAGCCCUGAUUGCCCUUGCCCGCUGGGGCCCAUGGUCCCCGGAGGGACCCUUCCGUGUAGGCCCUCCCCGCCUCCCCCCUUCCGUCUGGCCCCGAGGGCCCGUGCUGUGCAGACCAGGCCUCCAAGCAUAGGUCCUCCUCCAGCGCUUCCGACCUGGCUGACUGCCAGUGUGGCCGCCAGAAGAAUGGUGCUGCUGCUGGUCUGGGGACGGCUGUCCCCCACCCACUCUCCGUGUCCGCCCCCUGCAGGGCUGUCGUCGUUCUCCCAAGAGGCUUGGAGAGGCCCGGGCCAGGCCACGGCAUUACUGUCGGGCAGUAGUGGCUUGGCCCUCAUCUCCCCGGUCCUGGGGUCUCAUCCUAAUCCCGGGGCCUGGCUCACCUGCCUCCUGCAUCUUUCCUCCCUGCUGUUGUUUUGUAAAAAGGAAAAGAGAAACCCAAACAAAUGAGAGUAAUAUAUAAUUCUCUCAUUUUUUAUAGGUCUGUAAUAAAGGACUUUAUGUGACCCGUUCUACCUCCCGCUGUGAAGAAUGGACCCUGGGCCCCACACUGCAUUACUCUAGAGCCACCCCCACCCCCAAAGAGCCACCUCCCUUCCUUCCUUCCAGGCACCAGGGCAGUGAGCGUGCUGCGCGCAUCGGGCCGGGGGAGUCCUGCAGACUCUGGACUGCGGACGUCUCCGGACGCCGCCCUCCCUCCCCAGUAGGGGGCGCCCCCCUCCCUCCCCAGUAGGGGCCUGGGUUCUCUGAGCAGGAGGCUCACUGAAGAAACCAGACCAAUAAAACCGGGGUUUGUGCUGUC